AUGGGCGCAUACAAAUACAUUGGGGAGCUCUACAAGAAGAAGCAGUCGGAUGUCUUGCGUUUCCUCCUGCGAGUCCGAUGCUGGGAGUACCGCCAAUUGAACGUUAUCCACCGCGCUUCCCGCCCCUCUCGCCCUGAUAAGGCCCGCCGUCUCGGUUACAAGGCUAAGCAAGGAUAUGUUGUCUACCGUAUCCGUGUGCGCCGCGGCAACCGCAAAAAGCCCGUCCCCAAGGGUGCUACCUAUGGUAAACCCGUCCGCCAAGGUGUUAACCACCUCAAGUUCCAACGUGGUCUCAGGAGUACCGCUGAGGAGCGUGUUGGAAAGAGAUGCGGAAAUUUGCGAGUGCUCAACUCUUACUGGGUGAACCAAGAUGGUGUUUACAAGUACUACGAAGUUAUUUUGGUCGACCCCAAUCACAAGGCCAUCCGCCGUGACCCCAGAAUCAACUGGAUCGUCGCCCCCGUCCACAAGCGCCGCGAGGCCCGUGGUCUCACCAGCAUCGGCAAACAGAACCGUGGUUUGGGCAAGGGUCACCGCUACAACCAUACUCCCGCUCGCUCCACAUGGAAAAAGCACAACACCCUCAGCCUCCGCCGCUAUCGCUGA